AUGGUCAAGGCGCUGGAGGCCGAGCAAGGCGAAGAGGUGGCUGAGCUGUCGGCGGCGCAGGCGCGGCUGUCGGCUCGGGCGCUGGAGGCCCGGGGCGUGUGCCUGGCGAGCCUGGUUGCGGCCGAGUCGCGGACGGGUAUGGGUGGCCAUACGGUGGUGACACUGCGGGCGACAAACGCCAACGUGCCAGACCUUCCGCCGCACUCGUUCACGCCCGGUGACGUGGUCACCCUCGUCCGCGCGAGCAAGGGCGGGGCGAGCGCGAGCGCGAGCGCGGCGAGCCGCAAGGGCGGCAAGAGCAGCAAGAGCAAGGCCGAUCGCAGUGGGAGUGAAAGUGAUCGCGGAGGCGACGGUGUCCGGCGAGUGACGGGCGUUGUCGUGCGCGUUGCUGACGAUGCCCUGGUUGUUGCGCUAAAGUCGUUCGAGGGUGCAAGUGCGAGCGAGGACGAAGCCGCCGAGGUUCUCCGUGGCGUUGUUCGGCUCGACAAGCUCGCCAACACGGUCUCGUUCAAGCGAAUGUUCAUUGCACUCAACAGGCUGAGCGAUCCGACUCGGCGCUCGGGCCCAGAGUGUGGGCAGGCGGUGAUUGGCGUUGCUUUUGAGGGGCGGAAGCCGUGCUGGAGCCCGUCGCGCGAGGCGGCGAUAGCGAGCUGUGGCGAGCUGCCGUGGGUCAAUGCGACUCUCAAUGCGUCUCAACAAGAAGCGGUGGCACUGGCACUGGCGUCGCAGGACGUGUUUCUUGUGCAUGGCCCACCAGGGACCGGCAAGACAACGACGCUCGUCGAGAUCGUGCACCAGAUCCUGCUGCGCGCACCCGAGACACGGAUCCUGGCGACGGCACCGUCAAACGUGGCGGUUGACAACCUUGCGCUUGGCCUCAUCGCGUCGGGCGUGGACGUUGUCCGGGUUGGGCACCCCGCAAGGCUCCUCCCGCAAGUUCUCAACCAUUGCCUCGACGCCAAGGCGGCGGCAUCGGACGGGGCGGCGCUCGUUGCUGACAUUCGGGCUGAGAUGGACGCCAAUCUGCGGGCGGUGAGCAAGACGCGGAACCGGGGUGAGGCGCGCAAGCUCUACAGCGAGAAUCGGGCGCUGCGUAAGGAGGCGCGCGAGCGCGAGGGUCGGGUUGUUGACUACGUCGUCGGCCGGGCACAGGUGGUCCUCGCCACCAGCCAAGGCGCCGACUCGCGGACGCUGCGGUCACGCCACUUUGACGUCGUCAUCAUUGACGAGGCCGCCCAGGCGCUUGAAGCCUCGUGCUGGAUCCCGCUGCUCAAGGGCAAACGUGCCAUCCUCGCUGGCGACCACAAGCAGCUCCCACCGACGAUCAAGAGCAGUCGAAAGGAGGUCCAGGCUCGCCUGGAAACGACGCUAUUUGAUCGGCUGAUGGCCAUGCACGACGGCACCGCCGGCCACAUGCUCAAGGUCCAGUACCGGAUGCACGCUGCGGUGUGCGAGUGGGCAUCGGCGGCCAUGUACGGCGGCGAGCUGGAGGCGCACGAGUCUGUCGCCGCCGCGGUGCUUGCCGACUUGCCGGGAGUGGCUGAGACCGAGACAACGCUGGCGCCGGCGGUUGUGGUCGACUCGACCGGGUGCGACAUGUGGGAGGUGGCCGACGACGACUCGGGCUCCAAGUACAACCCCGGCGAGGCGCAAGCAGUGGCCGGCAUGGUGGACGAGCUGCUUGAUGCAGGGCUUAGCCCUGACACAGUUGGCAUCAUCACCCCUUACAACGCCCAGGUCGGGCACCUGCGGAGCGUGCUUGCCGACGAUCGCUACACAGGCGUCCACAUUGGGACCGUCGACUCGUUCCAGGGCAUGGAAAAGGAGGCGAUUGUGCUCUCGCUGGUGCGGUCCAACGACAAUGGCGAGCUCGGGUUCCUCGCCGAGCAGCGCCGGCUCAACGUGGCGGUGACCCGAGCGCGCAAGCUGGUCGUCGUGGUGUGCGAUGUUGAGACUGUCAGCAAAGAUCCGUUCAUUGAGUGCCUCGUCAACCACCUCAUGGACGUGGGCGAGUAUCGGUCGGCGGCUGAGUUUGAGUAA